UAUAAUACAGUAACAGGACGUGUUUUUUUCUCGCUCAAUAUAUGCGCAAAUAGGGGCGGAGUUUUCCCACAGGUAUACAAUAGUCUUGGCACGCGUCUUCGUUUUUACGGGCUGGGAUUGGUCCCUAAUUGAUAGUGAUGCAGCAGGGGAGGUUGCCAGGCUUCGAGUCAACAGUUUUACCUUUGUAUAGCCAAUCAUCAGCGCUUUGAACAGGAUUGAAUAGCGCACUUACCUCAAUUGAUCUUACGCUGGUAUGUUGAAACUUACCGGCAACUUUCCCACGGCUCCAUUUCUGUCAUUGCCAAAUCUGAUCAUCUUUCAACUUAAACUAGUUAAACUUAGUAGUAUGCUGGAUGCCGAGCGUGAAACAUCGUCAGAUUCCAGUGUAGGGUUAAUCUCAUUGAAGUUCAACUGUCCUCCUGGACAUGCGAAAAAUACAACGAUAAACAGCCAAACAGAUCAAGCCUAAUUGGAACCGGUUAAGUGUAAUAAACAAUGGCGUCUGAGAGUGUUACGUCAUCGUCGUCCACUGCAGAGGCAAAUGCAUCAAAAAAGAGUAAUAAACCCGUGAUGGAAAAGCGGCGAAGGGCGAGGAUCAAUACGUGCUUAUCUGAGCUGAAAGGACUCCUGGUCGACUUCAUGAAACAAGAGGGCUCAAGACAUUCAAAGAUGGAGAAAGCCGAUAUUUUGGAGAUGACGGUUAGGUAUCUGCGCCAACUCCAGAGGACCAACCUUUCAGCGACCGUUCGAGACCCGGAUUCAGUCGCCAAAUAUCACGAUGGCUAUAAUGAGUGUGCUGACGAGGUGGCUCGAUAUCUAACCACGAUUGAUGGGAUAGAUGUACAUAUGAGGGGGCGGCUGUUGUCCCACCUCGCCGCUAACGUUAACACUCAGGCCAACAAACCCCAUGUAGUCCCUAUAAUGCGUUCAAGAUCUGUUCAGUCAGUCCUUGCUACCCAGUCUCCUUUACUAUUACCUAAACCAGAAUCCUUUAUCAGUAGCUCAAAUAUCGAAUUUUCACCAGGUGAGCGCUCCGACAACCCAGCCCCAUCUACUAGUGGAGGGUAUUCUAGCGCAUUAGACCUAACUAUGAGAUCAUCUAACCAAGAGCCGGUACAUCCAAGGAUGGACAUGGACACGUCUAAUACAAAAACAAGUACUGAUUUGGAAACAACCUGCACAUUUUCACAAACUGUAAAUGCUACUACUACAUUUGCUAUCCCGACAACACUUCCUUCUGCAAGUGCUGGACAGAUUGCGAUACUAGUGCCGAGUCAAGUUAUUGGGAGUGGGGUAUCUAUUCCUCAGUACAUUAUUCCUGCUGUUGGCAUAAUACCCCCAGCGCAACACAAUGCAACACACCCUAAUACCGGACAUAACACAUCAGAAGCAAAACAAUCAUUUUUGAUAGCGGGGCAAGUUCAUGGUGGCUCAUCUCUUGUCCCUUUACAUACAAAUCCUUUCGAGGGUACUAGCUCAUUUGUUUGUGCAUCCUCUAACCAGUACACUUCUCCGUCGCUUAUAGCACAACAGCAUCAACCCCCGGUGCUCGAACCAUCCCCAAAUCCACAAGUUGACGCUGUGGAUCAGGAACAACUUGAAGAGGAUGUUUGGAGACCAUGGUCAAGAUGACCUCUCGCAUAGUUCAGCGAUAUUUUGGCCAAUACUGUGUUUUAACAAUGGAUUUUAGCAGUUGGAUAAUAACAGUGCGUAAUACCGUGGAGGUGGAUAGGGCAACAACAUGUUUGUUACACUUGUUAAGAAUUCUUGUAGAAUUUGUUUUAUCUAUUUUUAUACAAAUGGAAUUGGACUCAAAUGGCCUUUGUGCAGUAAUUAUGUAACUUAAAUAUAUUUAUAUAUUACGGAUUUAUACAAAGUGUAUUCUGUUUGUAAAUAUUUUUGAGUUCACAGGGCGGUCAAGCUUUACAAUCUGAUCUGGAUUACUCUAAUAAAGCGAUGUUGUAAGAUACAAUUUGUCCUUCUCAGCCUCAUACUUGUUGCCAAUUCAAUCUAAGCAAGCAUUCUCAUUGGACGUGGCAAAUAUUCAAAAAUUUAGAAAUGUUCUUCUAUUUCAUAUA